GAGUUAGUAGCCAGAUAUAGAAUAUGGAAUAUGGGCCGUCAACACUUAACAUUAAACCCCAUCUAGAUCCUCAAUUAUCGCAAUGUAUUUUGACAGGUUAUGCCCAGCCACAAGAGACACCAGAACCGCAUUCACGUGUGAAUUUAAAUCAUGAAACGUAUACCAGACCUUUUGUUAAAACAGAUAACGUACCUGGCCCCAAAUCACAGGUAAAUACUACUGAACUCUUCCACUUACUGGAUUGAUUGCCUCACAAAUACGACCUUCAUUCUUUGGAAUACCAUUCCUUAGAUGACAUUUUCCAAACCGCGGGACCGUUAUACGGACGGUUGCAUGUAGGCCCUGAAAUAUAGAAAAUUGUCAAGUUUAAUUCCAACGGAUUAAUCUCAUAGAUAUCUUAUAUACACUAGAUAGUGCAUCUAAUUAUUCUGCAAUUUAAAAAUUGAAGCCGUGAUUGCAGUCUCAUGUCGUUCCCAUGAAAUGAGAAGAUUCGUAUGUUUUCUAUUUCUUAAACAGGGAACUUAAACAUUAAGUUAACCCUGUUCCAAAUACGUUUUUAAACUAUUCAAAUGAUGAAAGUUAUUGUUGUUUUAAAGUGUUUAUUAGCGAGUGGGAACGACCAACAUGGCCGCCAUCUAUUCAAAUGGGGGAAACCGCUGGAAUAUUCUUGGCUUCAAUUUUACUACACGGGUAAAAAUUGAUCAGGUUGUUCGGCGUUGUUAAAACAGGAGUGAACAAUGUUGUGCUGCACCCCGUGAACAAUAUUGUUAACAAGUUGUUCAACCAUCAGUACUGUUGCAAGUUGUUAACAUGAUUGUCAACAAGUUGCAACAAUGUUGAUGGUUCAACAACUUGUUAACAAUAUUGUUCACGGGGGGCAGCACAACAUUGUUCGCUCCUGUUUUGAACAACUUGCAUCAACAUGAUGAUUUUUACGCGUGUAAAAGAGAUGCGCUAUCUAGUGUAUAUAAGAUAUCUAUGAUUAAUCUCAUGAUUUUCUUGUAUCUAAAGAAGGCAUUUUAAGGAUCUUUAGGAGUUUGUAUGUGGUCAUAGUUUUGGGACGUUUUUGGGUUCAAAAUUUGAAACGAUUUUGAAAAAAAUGCAUUGCUAUGUUUUGUAAUAACUAUACCAAUGAUACGAUGCUUGGGAUGUUACUCUGAGUGUAUAUCCACACCGGGCAAGCUUGAAAAAUAUGCCUGGCCACAGUGGGAAUCGAACCUGCAACCUUUGGAAUACUAGCCCAAUGCUCUGCCAACUGAGCUACGCGGUCAGGUCGGUUCGAGUAUGUGAUAUUUCGGAACAGAAUCUAGUUCCUUCGAUAUCAAUGUAAUCUAAUAAUCAUGAUUUUUUCUGUGUUGGUGUAAUGUACUCAGGUGAAUAUGAUUACACUGAUAUCGAAGGAACUAGAUUCUGUUCCGAAAUAUCACAUACUCGAACAGGGCUGACCGCGUAGCUCAGUUGGCAGAGCAUUGGGUUAGUAUUCCAAAGGUCGUAGGUUCGAUUCCCACCGUGAACAGGCAUAUUUUCCAAGCUUGCCCGGUGUGGAUAUACACUCAGAGUAACAUCACAAGCAUCCGGUAUUCACCUGAGUACAUUACACCAACACAGGAAAUACUAAAAUACUGCGUCAAAUAAUAUUUUUCAUCGCUUAUCUCUAACAACUUGUUGUUGAGCUCAAUAAAUAUACGAUCAACCUUUCUCUCUAGAAAUUGCUGGAAGAACUGAAUGAAAUCCAGGUAAAUAUUGCCGCAGAUCUAAUUCCUGCCGCCUGUAGAAUUGCAUUUUUCACAGCUGUUUCCAAAAAUCUUUACAUAUAGUGCAUUCAUUAUCUAUACUGCAUAUAUGUAUGUAUACAUUAACUCUGAGUGCAUAUCCACACCGGACGAGCUUGAAAAAUAUGCCCGGCCACGUAUUCCCACCGUGGCCGGGCAUAUUUUUCAAGCUCGUCCGGUGUGGAUAUGCACUCAGAGUAACAUCGCAAACAUAUUAUUCACCUGAGUACACAACACCAACGGCACAGAAAAAUUCAUACAUUAACUUGUGAUUAUCCAUUCCGAAGUUGAUGAGAGGACUGGGGACGAGUGUUAAAAGUGCCCAAAUUAAGAAAUGAACCAAAUCACUAAAAAGACCACCUCAAAAUUAUUGAAGACGUUUUCGAAUAAUAAGCCUUCGAAAAUCGCGAUAUUUGCUAUGAAAUGUACUGUAAUUUUUGUUUUUGGGGACGCGCGUCCCAAAAACAGUCUUUUAAUCAGUAAUUUCACAAUUUUCGAAAGCUUAUUAUUCGAAGGGUAUUCACGUAAACGUCUUCAAACGUUAUAUACUUACCAAUUUUGAGGUGGUCUUUUUAGUGAUUUGGUUCAUUUCUUAAUUUGGGCACUUUUAACACUCGUCCCCAGUCCACUCAUCAACUUCGGAAUUGCUAAUUAGUUUUUGGCAACUGGACUCUGCAUGUAGUUCAGUGCAAUGCCGCAGGACCGCAAUAUUCCAUAUUGGUUAUUUCGUAAUUUUUUUACAACGGUUGAAAAAAUAUCCGGCCCAGGUAACUAACAUUGAUUUUUAUUCACUGCAUAGACAAACAGUUUGCCGCACUUCUUUUUGGAUUACGAAAACAGUCGGGGGAAUUAUGUCGUCGAUGCGGACGGAAAUAUCCUUUUGGACAUUUUUCAACACAUUGCUGCUUUACCUCUAGGUAAGGACUUUUUAAAAGCCAAGGGAGAGGUUUUUAUUAAACUGUGCAGACCGACUAAAAAGAAAUGACAGAAAGUGCAGUAAAUGGCAUUUCCACUGGCUUGGAUGCACACCAAAAUGGAAGGCUUGAAGUCAAGGCAUAUUUUAAAGAUGUACAAGUGGGGGGCCAUAACUUGGAAAAGGGCCCAUAGAGCGAGCGCCGAAGCGCGAACUUCGGAAUGGCUAAUUGUGCACAUUUUUAUACAUCCUGUAUAACGAUGUUCAUUUUUUCCAAUAGGGUAUAAUCAUCCAGCUUUAAAAGAAGUUUUGACCCGGCCAGAAAACCUAGUAAGUUUAACAUCGUCUAAAUUAGAAACGUUUUUCAAAACGACGAACACAAUUUUUGUACUUAUUGGACGGUUUUCAAUUGUGAUAACAUAUCGAUAUAUAUGCGGAGACCCGCAAAGAAUGCCUGUCAGGGAAGCUAAUCGAUAUAUCGAUGUAUUUUUUUCAGGCCAUAUUGAUCAAUAGACCUGCUAUGAUGUUUUUCCCUCCUACGAAUUUUGCUGAUUUGUUAAAGUCCACUCUUAUGUCUGUAAGUACAGCUUACAUUAAAGUAUACAGUCGAACCCCUAUAAGCGGACACCUCUCUUAAGCGGACACCUCUUUUAAGCGGACACAUAUUUCAGGUCCCAUUCGUUUUCUUUAAUAAAUACCAUUAUCAUAACCCCUAUUAAGCGGACACCCCUCUUUAACGGACGCGGACACCUUACUCGAGGUCCCAAUGGACAAAUCAACCUCUCUUAAGCGGACAGAUGACAGAUUGUCUGAUAAAAUGUAUUCAAUAUUCGAGAGUAAAUAACAAUUGAGAUCAAUUUACAUGGCACAGUGACACACCAACUGGCCGCGAAGACAUCAGAGCAGAGAUUAUUGAGGAAGUGACGAACGAGGACGGAGGACUGUGAACCGCCAGCCGAGGAGCCGAAAAAUAUGUGACAGAUCACUGAUGAUGACAACGAACUGAACGAAGAUGAUGAAUUUGACUGAUCUCUUAACGAAACAGUCAUUAAAUCGUCCUCCGAAGCCCUUAAAGUUGUCGAGCGGCUGGCAGAAUUCGCACAAUUUCGAGGUUUGGAAGAACUUUCCAACGCCAUUUGUAUGUAAAUGACAUUAUAAUGGGCUAUCUUCUGCGUGAACCUUGAAAGCAAUCUUGUAUCGAUUCCUUUUUUAUAUUGACUGUGAGAGACGUAUAUCAUUUUAUGCUAAUUAUUUGCUAGAUAUUUUUUGUUUUGAUACUCAAAUUACACACCUAAUUACACACCUUUGCCUCCUGCUGUGUUUUUCUACAUACCCCUUUUAAGCGGACACCCCUUUUAAGCGGACACUUAGGCAAGAUCCCGAAGGUGUCCGCUAAAUAUGGGUUCGACUGUAUUAUUAUUUAUAUGGGAUAACUCUAUAAGUUGUGUAUAAAUCGUUCUUGCUAGAGGCCUAUUAAAAGUCACAUGCAAUCCCAUGCCAUGGCCCUAGUCAACCCCAAACGGGUGAGUGUGGGGGGAGAGGGACGAAUGUGUGUGUGGGGGGGGGGUGAGGUGGGGGAGGGGUGAGGUGGGGAGUCCCCCAGAAAUUGUUUUCUAUUUUUUAGGUCCGGGAAACGCUAUUUCAUGCAUUUUAGACACGUUUUAUGAUAAUCUGUAAACCACAGAUUUGGUAUAUUUUAUGUCAUAGAUUUAAAGUAUUACGAGGUAACGCCCCUCCCAGUUUCUCCCCAGUUUUUGAAGAAUUACAAAAUUGGUCUUGAAGACAAGUAGGGGUCUGGACCCCCACCCAUCCCCCCUCUCCGUGGCUUAUUCCAUAUACUUGCUCAGGGUUACUACAUGAGGAAACCUAAACUAAAUUACCACCAACAUUGGACAACAAAAGAUUCAAACAACUUACUUCACUGUAAUGUGGAUUUGGUGCUAAUUACCAACACAAACUAAUAUUACUUCAGGUUGCACCGAAAGGUUUAAACAAAGUCACUCCAAUGGGAUGCGGAACAUGUUCAAACGAAAACGCGAUGAAGAGUGCCAUGAUAACAUACAAGGUGGGCUUUUUUUUACUAUUAGCAUUUCUAUAAGUCUAGACAAAAAUUUCAUUACAGCUUGAAAGAGCAUCACAAAAUUAGUAAUAUUCCAAAGUUUCGUUGCGAAAUGUUGUAAAAUGCGGAUAAUAUAGCCUUGCGAAGUUUACCGUUUUUCAGUCAUUUUGUAUUACAAACGGGAAAUUGACAGACCCAAAGGGUAUUGGUCUGUCAAUUUCUCCCGCGUAAUGCAAAAUGACUGAAAAACGGCAAACUUCGCAAGGCUACAUUAUCCGCACUUUACAACAUUUCGAAACGAAACUUUGGAAUAUUACUAAUUUUGUGAUGCUCUUUCAAGCUGUGAUGAAAUUUUUGUCUAGACUUGUUGAGAUCAAAAUUUUGUCUAAUUGUCUAUUACGCAAGUGGUCAAUUACGUACUUAGCCUAUUUUAUUAUUGUAUUAUCUAUUAUAUAAGUAUUAAUUAUAUGUACAUUGUGCAUUAUUUAGUUCACUUUGCCGCUUUUCAGUGACCGAUUACAUCACGCUUAGUAUUACGCUUACUUAUAUUACCUACUGAUAUUUGUCCAUACUCCAUUCAUCAAGGUUUCCACCCACAAAUCUAUUCAACAUAUUGUAACUACCGUACUGUUUUGGAUUGCAGGCCAGAGAAAGAGCAGGGCGUGCUCCAACUGAGGAAGAACUUUCAACGUCUCUUGUUGGACAAGUGAGUGCAUUUCGUCGCUCGGGUCGCGCGCUACCUCCCCCGCGCCUUCCCUCCCCCCAUGGUCGACUUGUGGCAAGUCUAGUGAGUGCACUGCAGGAAUAAUCAAAAUGGUUGGGGGGCAGAUGGUACUGUGGCCCAUAUGCCUCGGGUAUUUCUUCUCAAUCACAUGUGAGAAGAGUAAUCCCAGUUGGAUUCUACCAAUCAAUCCAAUAUAACUGUAGACGGUCUGAUAUUUUUAUCUAUUAAUACUGUAAUACCCAAAUCUUGCUUACCAAGUGCUAACGUUAGAUUGAAAUACUUUUAUGUCAGGCACCCGGUGCUCCAGAAAUAUCAAUCCUCUCAUUCAAAGGUGGAUUCCAUGGACGAUUAUACGGUAAGGCUGUUAGGAGACUACCCUUAUUGGAUCACUACGGAGAACAGUUGGAACGAAUAGAGUUAGGACCGUCGCUAUAAAGGGAGGAGGGGGUGGUGACACCCCAUAGAUAUCUUAUAUACACUAGAUAGCGCAUCUCUUUUAGUAAAAUCGAAGCCAAGAAUAGUCCAGUGGUUACCCCCAUUUAAAUAGAUGGCGGCCAUGUUGAAAUUUCCCACUCGCUAAUAAACGCUUAAAAAACAACAAUAACUUUCAUCAUUUGAAUAGUUCGAAAAUGUAUUUGGAAUAGGUUUAACUUAAUAUUUAAGUUCCCUGUUUAAGAAAUAGAAAACAUACGAGUCUUCUCAUUACAUGGGAAUAUCCUGAGUCUGCAAUCACGGCUUCAAUUUUUGAAUUGCAGAAUAAUUAGAUGCACUAUCUAGUGUAUAUAAGAUAUCUAUGUGUCACCCCCCUGAAAACAACUUGUCGGCAAAAUAACGGAUUCAUCGGCAAAUUGUUUUCGUAGUCAGCAAAAAUAUUUGAGUGGCUUGGAUUAAAAAGUAAUUGCUAUGUUAUAGCAAAAAUUUUGAUAAAUUUACGAAAAUGUUACGGAAACAUUUAACAAAUUACGGUGCAUUAAUUUGAAAGUUAGUAAAAAAUGGUAUGUCUGGAAAUGAAAAGAUAAAAAUUUCGUCCAUAGCUGGAAGCACCCAUUAUAGGGACUGAAAUGUUGUCGGCAAAUACGAUACUACAUCCCCCAACCUUAGCCUCUUUGCUACGGCCCUGGAAAUAUAGAGCUAUUCAGUAUGAACUAACUGCACCUCUAGAGGGAACAGUUCAGAACUGAUAGAAGUAACGAGCAUAUAUAAAACUUUUUUAGACCUGACCGGGGGCAGUUGCAAAAAAUCUGUGUGUGUCCAUCAAUUCUCGUCUCGUGUGUCUAAAUUUCUGUGUGUGUCCAUCAAUUCUAGGAACACUAUCGGUGACGUAUUCCCACCCAAUGCAAAAGUUGGAUAUCCCUACAUUUGAUUGGCCGAAAGCAGAUUUUCCAGAACUUAAAUACCCGUUACAUGAACACCAACGUGAAAACGAGGCCGAGGAAACAAGAUGUCUUGCCAUGGUAAGUCCGAGAAAACGUUGGUACAGGGUGUCCACCCUUUUGGUGAGGAUGAAAUUCAAGGACUUUUCCAGGACUUUCAAGGCCCUUUUUCAGUAAAUUCAAGGACAUAGAACUGGGAAUAAUCUUUGAAAAUGGCACGGAUUUUAGACUUUAACCAGCAAAUAAUUCACUUUAUUCAGUAAUUUUAAUCAAAAUCACCAAUGUUGGCACAGCUGGAGGUUAAGGAAUUAAUUCCAGGACUUUCAAGGACUUCUACUGAUUUUCGAGGACUUUCCAGUCCUGGAAAUUUUGUUUUCCAAUUCAAGGACUUUCCAGGAUUUUCAAGUUUAUAUAAUAAUUCGUCUGUGUAUUUUUUACCACUGAGUUCGAAAUAUUUAUUGGACGAAAUAUGAGGACCAUUGCAUGUCCAAUAUAUUAGCCAGCUGCUUUGGAUGGUUUACAGGUGGUAGAUUGGGAUACACUCUAGUAAUGGCUAUAUGGUGCAAGUUGAUCGCUUAGCUUCGUCUUUUCUAAAUCUUAAUUGUUCAUUUUUAAGGUGGAAGAGAUAUUCCAUGAACAGAAAAAACAGAAACCAAUAGCUGCUGUGAUAAUAGAACCCAUACUUGCAGAGGGAGGUAAGAAGUCAUGCUUCAGUUCUGCGUAUAGAAAAGUGUAGUUAAAAUAACCAAUGGCAGGGCUCUUUGCCCUGGCCUCCCCUGCUUGAUUACGUUUGACGCACAGAAUAGAGAUAUACACAGCUUUGCGAUUGCGAAAAUGGCAUUCGUAUAACCGUCCCCUGGAAUGCUAAGUUGUAGCCUGGUUGUAGUCUGGUGCAUAAAAAUUGAAAACCUACAAUCUUUUAUGUCUUAUUUCAAAGGUGAUUGUCAUGCAUCUCCAGAUUUCUUCAAUAAACUACGCAAUAUUGUUGCAAAA